CUUUCUUUCUUUUUUUUUUCUCUUUUCAAAUAAGCUUUAAAUAGACUUUUUGUCUUUCUUUAUUCAAGCAAAAUGCAAGGUACUCGACCUGAUACUUCAAACAAUUCUUUUGAGUUGAUUAUUAGGCAGCAACCUGUGCAUUCUAGAAUGUGCGGUAUUGGUGAAAGAGUCGACCGAAGACCUAUUGAUCCACCACCUGUUGUUCAGAUCAAAAUCAAAAAUAUGAACGAAGAAGAAAGCAUAGAGAGAAUUUCAGCCUUAUGCUCCUACUUGUUUUUAAUUGCUGUACUUGUUCCCGCUAAUGAUGAUCCUGAAAAGCAACUCAAUAUUUUACUACACAGCAAACUUACCGUUGGGCGGACUGUUUCGUCUCUUUAUACGCUAAGAGAUUUAGACGGGACGGAAGGUGCCUUUUUUGUCUUUUCAGAUAUAUCUGUGAGAGCAGAAGGCAAUUAUCGAUUACGAAUGUGCUUGUUCGAUAUUCGGGACCAAACUGUCCGCUACAAUUCCUCAGUACUUACAGAGCCCUUUACUGUUUAUUCAGCAAAAGCGUUUCCUGGCAUGUAUCGAUCAUGCCCUUUGGUUCAAAACUUUGCAAAACAGGGACUGAAGAUUAGAAUUAGAAAGGAGUCUGGUCCCAGACCAUCCAGAUAUGUUCAUUCAAAAAGAAAAGAUAUUAGAAAAGCAAUUGAAGCACCUCAUCAAAAGCCAUCACCCUCAGAUAUGGAAGAAGACGAAGAAGAAAUAACACAACAACAACAACAACAACAACAAACUCAUUGUAAUAGAACAACAUCAGCAUUUAAGAGAGUCCAUUCUAUUGAUACAGUGCCAAAUAAGCGUAGACUCAGUCUUUCUUAUCUUCUAGACCAAAAUGACCAGUCAACAACAGAAAAAAAUGAAGUGUGUAAACUAGCCCCUAUUAUCAUUCACGAAAAAAAUGCUUUUGAUACCAAUACAACCCCUUACCGAGGUAACCCUAUAAAGACUAAAGAGUUGCCUUCAAUUCUACACUAUAUCCCUAAAUGAAUAUUGAUAAAAUUGAGGAUUGUAUAUACACACACAUAUUAUGAAAUCAAAAAUAAUAGCCAUCACCUACAUUUUCGCACAAUAAACAUUUCAAAUAAUCACUAA